AAAUAUUCUUCAUUCUCAAGGUUACCCGUCAAGCAUUCGUUGCUUCUGGUAAUCUGAAAGAUGGUGACUUGAAUAUCAUCUCUAGCUGAAUAAUAUUGUAGUCUCAUUCUAAAGUGUUGCGGAAGACUGUAUGAUUUUUGUACUAUGGAUCGAUUUGUUCGCAAAAUAAAUAGCAGCCCUAAGUCUAAACGGAAAACACUCGUACAAACUGAAGACAACUUUGGUGUUCCAUUAAAAGUCCUGCUUGAUAGAGAUUCUACAAAACCAGUGCCUCGAAUAGUAAAAAAUAUUUGUGAUUAUUUGCUUCACUACGGCCUCAAUUCACAAGGAAUUUUUCGCAUCAAUGGGAGUGCUAAGUUAAUUGACGGAUUCAAAACUGCGUUCCAGGUAUCGGCAGCCGACGAUCUUUAUUCUUUGGGAAAUGUUGAUAUUUAUGCUUUGGCAGGUGUUUUAAAGCUAUUUCUUCGCGAACUUCCUGAUGGACUUGUUCCGGAAAAACUUGGACUUAAAUGUAUAAAGGUCGCGAAAGAAUAUUCAAGUGACUUGAAUGUGUACAUACUUAAACUACAAACUGUAUUAUUUACACUGGCGGAUGAAAACUAUGAGCUCUUAAAAUAUUUGUGUAAGUUUUUGAACAAGAUUGCGGAAAACGAACCCGUCAAUAAAAUGUCGCGCAAUAGUUUAGGAAUUAUUUUUGGUCCUUGUGUGUUUCGUUGCAGUUUGGACUUACAGGUUCUAAAGAAUCAGGGCUUGACAAAUUACAUAAUGACUUCACUAAUCCAAUACCAUGAUGUUAUAUUUGUUCAUCACCCUAAAACUGACUUUUUCGUAUUGGAUCAUCUGUUCAAACUACCGGAAAUUGUCUCUAACUCGGCUUUACCGAUCCUUGAAGAUCGUGUUCAGCCAACAAGUGAAAUACCAACGAGUUCCAGUCAAAAUAAUAGUCCAGGAAUUAUUAACAGCCUACAGGAAAACACAUUCUCACAUUUUGUGGAAGCUCUUCCCCUGGCUCCUAAAAAUACACCUAAACCUGGACCAGAUAACCAUAUGUGGAUGUCACGUGACGUUUCUUCUAGUGAGCCGAAGAUUCCUCGAACAAAUCCUUGUCACAGUAUACCAGAUUCAAUGUGUGGUGUUACAGUUGACAAUAAUCUCUCUGGUGACAGUUCUCCAUUUCACAACAUUGUGUCAUCUCACCAAUACAAAGAAUUCCUUAUUAGUCCAUCAACUUCACCCACACAUAGCCCAAUCACUUUUGAAGUUUCUGGUACCCCAACCUUUGUGAGUAGAAGCAAUUCAGUUUCCUAUAAUGAAGAAGAAAAUGCUGAAGAGGUUCCAGACUCAGGUGCAGAGGUGCCUUACACAAAGACAUCGGAACAACUUGCCUUGGAUAUCACAAAAAUUAUUUCAUCCAUGUCUACAUCCCGUUCUUUAGAGGCACUGAGCUUCGAAACACAACUUGAUGAUUGUUUUACUAAUUCAACUCAGGUAUCAAAUUGUAAGAAGAAGCCAAACCUUGUUGAAGAGAACCCAAGAGAAGAGUUACGUAUUUCUAGUAUGUUAUCAAGAUCGUCAAACAAAGUUUCAACAGGUGAUAGUUUGUUCAAUAAAGUGAUUCGUUUUACUCACGUCACUGAUGAUCUCAACAAAAUUAAAAGAACUUUCAGCCAUCGCAAACAUACAAUCAAAGAAUCAAGUGUCCAUCCAAUCAGUACUUGGAAUUCCAUGCCUUCUGUGAAAAAUAAAACGAUACAAACUCCGCCUAAGUUUAUGGAUUCUUGUGUGGCAGUUUAUGGUCAAGAUCUUUUAAGUCAGUCCCCACAACAUAACAACGUUAUAUCAAAUACUUUGAAAUAUAAUGGAUAUCGGUUUCCGAAUACUGACAAUACUCACCGACCUAUAAAUUUGGAAAAGGAUGAUUUUAAUACAGCUAGAGUACAAGAUACAGCAAAUUCAACACGUACAUCUACUCAUAUGCCAGUUAGCACAAAUCAUUUUUACAUGGAAAUGCCGACUGCUAACAAUGAGUUUGCCAAUUCGGUUGGUAGAAGUCAACCAUCUCCAGUUGUAGAGAAUAUUUUGACCCAAGCGAUAAACCAAUGUUCCGGUACUCAUGUUUUUUCCUUCUCUGUGAAGCAGGAAUUAGAUCGUCCCAGCCACUCCAGCAGCUUUCCUUAUUCAAUAAAUGAAAUGGAUCUUACAGCUUCUGCGAAAAGAAAUCCAGUCUCAAGUUUUGUUAAGCCGAUAUCAACUUUAUUGUAUCAAUCAGAAAUACCACUUUGUGUAUAUGAUCGUUCUCAUCCUAACCAUAAUCAUGUAGGUGGUUCUAAUAGUGAAAUUGAAAAUAAGUCUUUCGAAUUAGCAACUCUUCAAUAUGAUACUACCCAUCAACCAAAGAAAUACAAUUAUAGUACACCAACUAGUCCGAUAUUAUCUAGUCAUACUGCUCCAAUUACUUUGAGAUCAAAGUCAAAUUCUGUUGGUGCAGUAACCGUUAAACCAAUUCAUUCCUUUAUUCAUAAACCUAAAGAUCGUGGAUCAUGCCCUUCUUAUUUAUUACUCCUUUCUUCGAAGGCAAACAACGAACACUUAAAUGAAUCUGCUCUAAAAACCGGGAAGCUGUCUUCUCCUGAAAGAAAUCAAAUGAUUACAAAGCAGAGGAUAAAACAACGGUAUUCAGUUUGUGAUCAAUCUCCAAUAUCAAAUCAAAAUGAGGAAAAUACCAGAUCCCAUGGAGUUCAGUUAAAUAAAUCAGAUCAUUUUGUAAAAUCAGCAAAAUAUUCUAGUUACACCUUUAGUAGUACACAAAAGUUCAAAAAGACCUUAAAUACAAUAGGAUUAAAAAGUUUGUUAAAUUUAUCAAAUAAAACCUACAGCGAACCGAAUUUAUUGUAUUUCAAAAACCAAUUGUCACGAAGGACAAAACUGAAAUACAGAUCGUUACAGCAUUUAACCAUGGAUGAAUUAUCAAGCAUAAAAACAUUACCCACAUUCAAAUUGAUUAAUAAAGAAAAUGUAACUACUAUUCCAGUAAAAAUAUCUAAGAAUUUAUUAUUUUCUAAUAAAGAAGAACCAAAUAUUAAUUUAAUUUCACCUUCAGUUAUUUCAGUUAUUAGGCGAGUAAAUUCAUUUUCAUCAAACAGUUAUACAUCUUCAGGAAAAUAUCAUUCUUUCUUAAGAAAAUAUUCGCCACCUUUGUUGAAAGACUUAAGAGAUUUUUAUGAAAAUUCUGAAAAUGUUGGUGAUAAAGAUGAUAAUGUUGGUGAUGUAUCAUUAGAGCAAUCAAAUUCAUCAUUGAUAUCUAUUGAGUCAUUCUAUGAACUUUUAUGCGCUGCAUUAUCUAAACAACGUGAAUAUUGUAAUCGUCCUGAACGACUGAGUGAAAUGAACUGGGACCAAAUUGAACAAGAGAAAUAUGAUAUUCAAAAAAGUCUCUUAUAUUUUGAAGGUCUUUAUGGACGACCAAAAUCUCCUAGAUCAAAACGAAUCAUGAAACCUAUAUAUGAGCGUUAUCGUCAGGUUAAACGUCUUAUUUCUUCUCGAUAUGGUGUGUGUAGCGAAUUCCCAUUUGGAAUGAAUUUGUCUCGUUUAAAUGUGUCCAUAGUUGAUGUUAAUGAACAAUCUACAGAUAAACAACCAAAUAUAACGGUUUCAAACAAAUUAAUGGAAUUUCUAAACACUCCAACAAUCACAUCUCCGACCUUUUUACAAGAUAAUAUUCAUAAUAUAAGUUAUGAUUCUGACUCAAGUACAUUUGAAAAUGUGUAUAAGAAUAAAGAAUCUAGCUUUCCAGUUAAAGUUAAACAAAGAAAUUGUAAUUUACAGUCAUCAGAAAAUCAUAAUCGUGUAACAAUUGAAAACAAUCAAAAUCCAAGUUUUCCAUUUAGUUCCAAUAAUCGAAAAUCACUUAUGAGACCGGAUGACCACAACAUUCAGUUAUAUCGUAAACAACUAUGCUCCUUAUCUCCUAUGGAAUUGUAUAAUGAAAAGAAAAAUGUCUUAUUAAAGAAGCAUAUUGUUCAAACUGAAUUAGUCGAAUAUGAGAAUAGUAUCAAACGUGUAUUAGGUAUGAUUCAUAAAUUAGUAUUAUCUUCAAUCAUUUAUAUAUUUACAAGUAUUAUUAAACAAUAUCUUAUAUAAUGUUAAUUGUUGUUCACUUAAAUGAUUAGAGUCGAACAAAUCUUGAGUUUUAAACAAUUUUGUAUCAAGCAUUCUAAAAGUUUUGAGGUGAUGAUGAUUAUUGUAUUGUUUCCAUGAAAACUUGUAUGACUAACUUGUAAUUAAAUUCAAAUACUUUGCUGUGUGUUGCCUUUGUUUGCUUGAUCAUAUUCAUCAAUCUGUUUUGUGAAAUCUCUGUACUUUUCAGACAGUGAAAGCUUGAACAAAUGUCCAUACUUGAUAAUAAUUAUCUAACCACUAAUAGCUAGCUUUCGGAUGGGUUUUCCUUAGUCCUAGUAAAAAGCCGUGUUUCAGGGAAUCAUAUAAGUAGGGGGAGUAAGUCAACAAGUAUGAAAGUAUGUCAUCUGUUUGUAUUGUCUGUUUUUGAAUAUCUUGACAAUCAUAGUAGUAAUGAUAACAGUAGUAAUAAUAAUAGUAACAUUUUGGUAAUUUGAACUUUCAGUUAUCAGUUAUGGGUUCAUAUUUUCAAACCGCUUAUUUCUUUCUAUUUAGCUAGGGUGUCUAAGUACUAUUCAAAUAUCCCAUUUCGCUGUAGAAUAUAUUGUUAAGUUUCUCAGGGUUUUUUUGUUUAAUUUCCUAAAUUUAUUUUGGAUAUUACUAAAUAAACGCAGUGAUACCUAAAACAAUAAAAUAAGGAUAUCAGCUAAAUAACAAUAAACGUUUAUCAUUAUUAGAAACGUAAUUCAUAAUAUCUAAAGAAAAAAUGUUAAAGGUCUUACGUAAAUUGGCGAUCACUUAAACUACUACUGUAGGUCUAAAACUCAGAUCAUUAAUGCUGAGGUAGUACAAUUCUCAGCUGAACCAUUGAGUUGACAUAAACAUUAAGUAUCAGUUUUCCAAUGCAAUUGUUAGCCUUCGUCUGGCUUCUUGAUUUGCAUUGCUUAUAUCAACUUUUGUGAUAUUAAUAUUACUGUUUUAAAAUUAGAAAUUUGUAGGACUUUUCAUGUAAGCAAUAUUUAUCACUUGAUGUAUCUACUAUCAGUUUGUUUUUUAUUAAUGUCCUACAAAAGUACGUGUAUAUCCUUAGUGUAUUAUUAUUAUUAUUGUUCGUUAAUUGUUCAGAUCUAUAAAAUAUAUAAUUUCUCAUUAAAUUUUGUUUUGUAUCUAACAAUCUAAUGAAUGAUGGUCUAUAAUUAGCAAUUAAUUAAUUAAUAUUUGUACAGGAAAUGAAAAACGUGUAUUUAUAAAGAGGUGAGCAUAGAUGGGUACUCAUUUCAUGUGGAUAAAUAUACAAUAUUAUAAGGGAACGUAAUUAAAAGAAAGAUAGGGAAGAAAAAAAUGACUUAUUAUGCAUUAAGAAUUAUAUUUGUCAUUAUACUACACACCGAUAGUGAAAAUAGUCACAUCAAUAGUUAUAAGCGUAGUGCUUAAAGUCAAUUUAGCGGAAAUAUUCUAUUCUAUUUAGUUUGAUAUCUUAUCCAAACUCUCUUCUAUUAUUAUUAUUAUUAGCGUGACAUAUUGUUUAUAAAACAGGAUGGUUUCUAAUUGUUAUCGCUGACUGAUGAUAACAUUUCGCAUGCUUAUUUGUAUACAAAGAUAAACUUAAAAUUAUCAUAUAUUGUGGUAGCUUUGAACAAGUAGUUGACACACAAUAGAAUGGUAUAUGCUUUGAAAGCAUAAUUUUGCCAAGACAGUAGCACUAGUGUAUAUUUAGUUAGUAAGUAUUUAGUUUGUUCAUAGUAAUACCUGAAUAAUGUUUAAUGAUUCAGACAAGUUGGUUUAUACCCAUGGUUUUUCCAAAUUUUCCUUUCUAUAUUCUUGUCUAUCUUUUUUUCCUGAAAAUAUUUUUUUUGUAUUUCACUAUUUUUAUCGUCUUCCCCUUUAAUUUCUUUUUUCCUAACUCUUCAUUAUUAAUUUUGUAUUUAAUAAAUAACCAAAAAUUUCAAACUAAUUUACUACUUUUACUAUUAUUGCAUAUUUCAUAAUAUUUUAAUUAAUAAAAUAAUUAUUACUGUUUUGUAAACUGGUUUACUUUUUGAUUUUGUUGGCAAAAACCGUGUAUAAUGAAAUGUUCAUUUUGCCUUCUUAUUUAUGUACAUUCAAUUCUUACUUCAUUAUAAUUUUAUUUCAACACUUAUUAUACUUUCCCCCAUAACAUCGUAUUACUGCGAAAGCGGAGGUUGUAAUGUAAAUACUUACUUUAAACAUUGUUAACGUUAAUUGGAUGACUUAUUCAGUAUACAGUAAAUCAGAGAACCAUGUAUCUAUUUAUAUUCGAUAAUUUUGGUGUUUAAUUAUAUUUCCUUGAAAAAGCUUGAACCAGAUUGUCAGCCGAAACGUUAGAUUUACUUCAAAAUCCAUUCGCUGAGAUUUUAUAAAUACAUUCUUUCUUUUUAAUGGCAGAGGUUGUAUAUUUUCAUUCACUAGUAAGAGU